CCGUCCCCCGUCACUGUGGAAACUCCUCCACCUGAAGAGCAACAAGGAACCCUCCGCUCUCGCCAGUCCCUGCGUUUGGCCGGUGGCAGCCAAGCCCACCAUGAGGAGGCUGCCGUGCUAGAGAGCCCUCCGUGCCCCGCGUCCCCUCCCUUGCGGAGCAGAUGUGCUUCCCUGGCCCCGGGUCCCCCCUCUGGAGGUUCCCUGGGCCCGGCUGCCUUCCCCGGCCCCCUGCCCACUCCCUGGCUCCCUGCGGGGCCCGCCGGGGGCCAUGAAGAGCUUCUCGAAGCGCGAGGCGGACCGGAGGACGUUCCUGGAGCAGGUCCGGGAGAGCAAGGAGAAUGGCUACCUCCUCUCUUCCAAGAAGAUCGGCUCCGGGGCCUUCUCCAAGGUCUACCUGGGCUACGCCACCCAAGAGAAAAUGAUGCAGAACUACAAGCUGGCCUCGGACCUCCGGAGCAAGCGGCACUCCAUGGUAGCUAUAAAGAUCAUCUCAACAGCAGAAGCCCCCGUAGAGUACACCAAAAAGUUCCUCCCGCGAGAAAUCUACUCCCUCAAUGUUACCUACAAGCACCUAAACGUGAUCCAGCUCUAUGAAAUGUACCGGAACAGCAAGCGCACCUACCUGGUCCUGGAGCUGGCCUCCCGCGGGGACCUCCUGGAGCACAUCAACGCCACGUCUGACAGGAGGGAGUACCCUGGCCUGGAGGAGGAGGAGGCACGAAGGCUCUUCCGCCAGAUUGUCAGUGCGGUGGCACACUGCCACAACGUUGGCAUUGUCCACAGAGACUUGAAGUGCGAGAACAUCUUGCUGGAUGAGCGUGGCUUCAUUAAGCUGACUGAUUUUGGGUUUGCCAAUCGCUAUUCCCUGAAGAAUUCCCUGAUGAGCACGUUCUGUGGCUCGGUGGCCUACACCGCCCCGGAAAUCCUCAUGAGCAAGAAGUACAAUGGGGAGCUGGCUGACCUGUGGAGCCUUGGGGUGAUCCUCUACGCCAUGGUGACGGGGAAGCUCCCCUUCAAGGAGCGCCAGCCGCACAAGAUGAUCCACGUGAUCAAGCAGGGACUCGCCUUCCGGCAGCCAAUCUCGGCAGAAUGCCAGAACCUGAUCGAGAGCUUGCUGCAGCUGAAGCCGGCAGCCCGCCUGGGGCUCCAGCAAGUGGCCACCCACCGCUGGAUGCUGCCGGCCACGUCUGCCAUCUUCCACCGGGUGAUGAGCUCCAUGGGGGUCCACCCAGAGUGCACCAUGAGCCCAGAAAAGCCGCCAGCAGGACAAGCCGAGAGCGGCGGAGGCUCCGUUUCGCAGCUGCCCGACCUGGAGAGCACAGGCAAGACCCCCGAGGGCUCCUGCGCCAAGGAGGCCAAGGUGCUGCCCACGCCGCGGGCCGCCUCCGCCACAGCGGCCUUCGCCAGCCGGGCCAAGGUGGGGGAGAAGAAGGGGGGCCACGAGGCGGGGGCCGCGGCCGUCCCCGGCAACUGCGUCCUGCAGCUCCCGUCUCCGCGCAAGACCGAGCGGCCGCCGCGGCUCUCGCUCUACCGGCCCAGCCUGCUCACCAGCCUGCAGCCCUUCCACCACCUGCCCAACUUCCGCAAGCCCGGCUCGCCCUUCUCCACCAGCGCCUACGUGGCCAGCAGCAAGCGCCUCGGCGAGAAGGUCCCCGCCCGGGCGGUGGCCCUGAGCGGGGGCGGCUCUGCCAGCCUCUCCAAGCAGGUGCACUCGCUCUACAGCAUGACGCCGUGCCCGUGACCCGCCCGCCGCCCCAGGCCCCGCCUGGACGGGAGCAGCUCUGCCCGGGGAACCCGGAGCGCGCGAUUAAAUGUUAUUCAGAGUC